AUGAUGCGAUAUGUGGUGGUGCUGGCGCAGAUGGUUUGGCUGUGUGGGGCAGUGCGCACAAACGACAGCCAGAAGGAUUUGACGCAGACGGAGUCGCUCUACGGAGACAUCAACGACAUCAAAGGCCUGAAGGACAUGACCUUGGGUGAUGCGCAGAGAGAGCUUAGAAGGCCGAACGAUGAGGCAGAAAGGGCCUUGGAUCAGCUUGCGCAUCUCAUGAAGAAAGUUGCGUAUUCCCGUGAAAACACGAACCUGUGGAAGAUGACGCUGGCCCAAGCCGUGCAAACACGUGGCAACGAUGGCAAGACACUGCUCCAUGAUGCAGCGGAAGGUGCCUGGCAGGGCGAUCUGGUGCUGAAGGCACUUGUUCUCCUCGGUCUCGAUGUCAAUUCACGCGACGCCUUGGGACGGACGCCGCUCUGCGUCGCUGCAGCUUCCUGCCCCACCGGAACUCACCUCCUUGCCAUCAAAGCGCUCAUUGCCUUGGGCGCCGACAAGCGCAUCGCCUGCAACGGCAAGAUUCCCGGAGAAGCGGCCCAGGUUGCCAUGAACCAUUUCGGGAGGUACUCGCAAAUCAGGGAGCGUUGCAGACAAGUAGUCCUGUUCUUUAAGCAUGGGUAUUAG